AUGGUUCCAUCUGAGCAUGUGCUGCUUUCUUGUGACUGCCUCGACUGCAUCGUACCAACCGUGUGCUCUCGUCUUCUCCCACAGACGCGUCAGUUUGUGAACGACGUGGCGCGCAUCUACAGCAUCACUGUGAGCAACGCGGCAGACGGUGUGUCGUCUCGGUGCCGCACCUGUGCCCUCAGCUCCCAGCCCUCCUCCUCCCCAUUUGCUUGCGUGCCCUGCCCCCCUGGACACUACAUCCACCCGGACUCCAACCAGUGCACAGAAUGUCCCACAAACACCUACCUGCUGCCCCACGCCACGCCCGGGCCGGACGCGUGCCAGCCGUGCGGGCCGGCCAGCAAGAGCGACAAGGAGCACAGCCGGUGCAUCAGCGACUGCCGCUUCACCCACGGAGACGGGAACAUGACGAGGAGCUACGAACUGAGCGCCCUGGGGCCAGUGGGGGCCCUCAUGAACGGCCCCAGCUUCACCUCCAAAGGGACCAAGUACUUCCACCUGUUCAACGUGAGCCUGUGUGGAAUGCAGAUGGCCGAAUGCAAAGACAACGUGACAGACCUGUCCCUGUACGAGGCGGAGGGAGGCAAACCCGAGGGCGGCGCGACUGUUCGAGCCUUCGUCUGUCAAUCAACCAUCAUCCCAGCUGGUGGGCGGGGCUUCCACACCUCGCUGUCCUCUCAGUCCAUCACGUUGGCCGACACCUUCCUGGGAGCCACAGUGGAGACCACACUGGGAGACAUCACUGCUCGACCGGACCUGUUUCCAGACGCCAAACACCAACUGCCUGAUAUCAUCUUCUACUACAGGUCCUCAGAGGUGACGGCGUCCUGUAUGGCGGGCCGGAGCCUGGUGCUUCUCCUGCGCUGUGACCCGGACACGAGCCCCCAGGGAGAGAUCACUGUGCCCAGUCAGUGCCCGGCCGGGACGUGUGACGGCUGCAGCUUCCACUUCUUAUGGCGGAGCUCUGGAGCCUGUCCCCUGUGUUCCCACCAUGAUUACCACCGGAUAGAGGGGGCCUGCAAACACGGACUACAGGGGGUGGUGUGGGUGUGGAAGGAGCCUCGCGUCUGUGUGGGCGGCCUGGGCCUGCCUCAGAAGCAGACCCUCCCCUGUGACAGUGUGGAGCGCUGGCUGCAGCUGGGAGGGGGUCUGGGGGCUCUGGCUGCACUGCUGCUGGUGUCACUCACCUGCUACUUUUGGAAGAAGAACAAGAGGCUGGAGUACAAAUACUCUCGGCUGGUCAUGACGGCCGAUAAGGAGUGUGUCCUGCCUGGAGCCGACAGCUGCGCCAUGAUGGAGGGCGAGACCGAGGGAGAGCCAGAGGACGACGUCAUCUACUCCAAGCCAUCGCUCAUCGGCAAACUCAAGGCUCUGGCAUCCAAGGGAAAUGGUGAACGGUACGAAAACGUGCAGCUCAACUCGUCACCGUCCAAAGCACUGGUGUGGAGCUAA